CCCACCUUUCAAAUCCACAUCUGCAACAACCAAAGUUUUGGGGUGUUUGGCUUGGUCUUCUCUUUACAUCUGCCUUUGUUUGUUCCUCCAGAUCCUCUCUUUUUUUCUCUCUUUCUAGUUGUUUUAUCUAGUACACCAAUCUAUAUCAACAAGAUGUUUUGAUCAGUUCGGCUUGUUUUUCUCUAUUUCCUCUUCUUCUCUCUUCUGUCAUCUCUUCCAUAUCUUCUAUUCUUUCCUAAAUCUUUCAGCCUAAAUCCAUUCUGCAGCGAGUUUUUUUUUUUUUUUUUUUUCCCCAAGAGAAUUUGUAAAUACAUACCUCUCUUUCUUCUCUUGAUUUCUUGAAUUUGUAGAUACAUACCUCUUUUUCUUUCACAGAUCUUCCCAAAACUUGCAUAUUUGGCCAAUAAAAAGUUCUAUGUUUCAAUAGUGGCAGAGUAUACAUACUAUGUGUUCUUCAUGCAGGAUCUAAGGUGAGUGCUUAUAAUUCAAAACCAUAUUCUUUACUGUCAUAUUCAAUUCCGUCUCACAAAGUUAUGACAAAUCAAGCAAUGAAGGAAGGUGAUAAAGAAAAAUCCCUCUUUGCUUCUAUGCACAAACCACCUGCAUCAAAUGGCAGACCAAGCAGUAUGGUUGUUAAGAAAGCACAUACUGUGAUACCUGCUCAUAUAGUAGCCGAAGCCAUAUCAACACUCCAUGGUCUUGACCUCAGAUGGUCAGGCCCGAUCACGCCAACAGAAAUGCGGUAUGUUGAGCAGUAUGUCUUAGCAAAGUAUCCAGAGUAUGCCGGGCUAGUGGAAGGAGAAAAGAGAGAUCUCUCUGGUCUUUGCAUCAAUGAGGAGCCUUCAGAUACCACGUUUGAUGAUAGGCGGAAGUCCCCUAGGGGUAGUUUAAGAGACCCUUCCACCCCUACUUUUGGAAGCAGUCAUCCUGAUUUGGAUAGGACCCAGUUGGAGCCAUCAAGAUUGCUUGAUAUUCUCACCAAGAAAUCCACGUUUCCUGGAAGUUUUAUCUCGAUCCCUGAAAUCCAAGCUCGAAACAAGGUUUUGAAGCACUGUGGAUUAUCCGAUGAUGACUAUCUUGUACUCUUCACUCCCAGCUACCAGGAUGCCAUGAAGUUAGUUGGGGAGAGCUACCCUUUCUUCAAGGGAAACCUUUACAUGACAGCUAUAGGGGAAGAAGAAGAAGAAGAAGACUGCAUACGGGAGUUUGCAAUUUUCAAGGAGUCCAAAGUGAUAUCAGCACCUAAGGAUUGGCUGGAUUUGAGGAUCAAGGGAUCACAGCUUAGCCAGUAUUUUAGGAGGAAGUGUAAGCACAACCCAAAAGGACUAUUCGCUUAUCCUGCCGAUAUUAAUGGGACUCGUUAUUCAAUGCAUUGGGUUUCAGAAGCCCACAGGAACUACUGGCAUGUUCUGCUUGAUGCUACCGCACUGGUUGUAGGGGAGGAUAGGUUGAAUCUCGCACUCCACCAACCAGACUAUGUAUUGUGUAGUCUUGACAAUACACAUGCUAAUCCUUCAAGGAUCACUUGCCUCUUGGUCAGAAAGAAAUCCUUUGACACCACAACAGCUUCAUCUCAGGCAAAUGAGUGAGGAGAGAAAGUUCUUAAUCUGAUGCUAACACGGCUUUGGAUCAGAGCAACUGAGUUAACGAGGUUUGAUUGACAUUGUCUUGUAGGAUAUGUUUAAACUGGUGUAGCAAUAUCAGUACAUUUUAGCAGCUUGGACAUUUACAUUUAUACUGUUUUUCAAGAAAUACCAGAUAAAUCGUUAGCUGAUUAUGAUAUAUAGACUCAAUUAUACAGCAAGUCUGGUGACUGAAACAACGGGGAAGCCUAGCCGGAGCCUAAAGGAGCUUUAUAAAUUCCAU